AUGAGUGAACUUACAAUCGGUAGGGGCUUGAAUCAACAACUUGAUCUUUCAAGAGCUUGUGACACUCGUUGGGGAUCUCAUUAUAAAUCCUUUAAUAAUUUUAUUAUUAUGUUUGGCUCUAUUCUUGAUGUUCUUGAAUCACUUGCUCUUGAUACACGAAAUAUGGAUGAAAAAGCUAAGACAAUGGGACAUCUCAAAGCUUGCCAAACGUAUAAGGCUGCUUUUAUGUUGCAUUUGAUGAGAGAUGUCUUAGUAGUCACAAAUGAGCUUAAUAAAUGCUUAAAAAAAGAGCAAGAUAUUGCAAAUGCCAUGCUACUUGUUGAAGUAGCAAAAAGAAGUUUUGACAUCAAAAAAGUAUUGAGAAUGAAGGAAAUAUAUCCGGAUGACUUUGAUGAAUUUAAUAUGAGUGCUCUUGAGAAUCAACUUGCAAGUUACAUUGUUGGUGUUCGUGAUGUUGAUGAACGGUUCUCCAAUCUAAAUGGGCUUUGUGAUCUUUCCAAAAGAUUAAUUCAAACAAAGAAACAUUCCAAUUAUCCUCUGGUAUUCCGCUUAGUGAAACUUGCUCUAAUUCUACUAGUUGUCACUGCCUCCGUUGAAGGGCUUUUUCGACAAUGA